AUGGGCGGCGACUGGCAGGAGCUGGCCCAGUCGGCGGUCAUCGGGCUCAUCUUCGCCUUCCUCGUCGCCAAGCUCAUCUCCGUCGUCCUCGCCUUCAAGGAGGACAACCUCCGGAUCACCCGCUCCGCCCCCGACCCCGCCCCCUCCUCCUCCCCGGACGCCGCCGCCCCCGCGCUCGACGGCGGCGACGGCGACGGCGACAGCGACAGCGACGGCGACUGGGAGGGCGUGGAGAGCACGGAGCUCGACGAGGACUUCAGCGCCGCCUCCGCCUUCGUCGCCGCCUCCGCCGCCGGCGUCCCCGAGGAGGCGCAGCUCCGCCUCUAUGGCCUCUACAAGAUCGCCACCGAGGGGCCCUGCACCGCGCCGCAGCCCUCCGCCCUCAAGCUCAAGGCCCGCGCCAAGUGGAAUGCUUGGAAUAAAUUGGGUGCUAUGCCAACAGAAGAAGCUAUGGAGGAGUACAUAACAAUUGUUGAUGAGAUAUUCCCUAACUGGUCUGAUGGCUCAAAAAAGAAAGAUGGGGAAACCACAAUGUCUGCAUCAGGUUCGAAGGAACCAAUGGGACCUGUAUUUAGCAGUUUAAUGUACGAGGAAGAUCAAGGAAAUGAAUCAGAACUUGGUGACAUCCAUGUUUCUGCAAGGGAAGGUGCAAUUGAUGACGUUAAAAAGCAUCUGUCUGCAGGUGUACAAAUCAACAUAAGAGAUAGCGAAGAGAGAACUCCGUUGCACUGGGCUGUGGACCGGGGUCAUCUAGAUGCUGUCGAGGUUCUUGUCAACUCAAAUGCAGACGUGAAUGCUCAGGACAACGAAGGGCAGACCGCGCUCCACUACGCCGUCCUCUGCGAGAGGGAGGACAUCGCCGAACUGCUCGUCAAGCACCACGCCGAUCUCCAGAUCAAGGACGGCGAUGGGAACACCGCCCAGGACUUGUGCUCCUCGGCCUGGCCUUUCAUGAAGCCGGCAAACUGA